CAGGUCAGGUCAAGCUCCAUCUGGAGAGCUGAAUGGUGCAUGGAUGAUCAUGAGGCGAUCAAUCAAUGAUCGUCUGAUGCUUGCAGAGAGAGCUGUGAUUUCAGCAGAGGGGAUCGAUGAGUGCUCCUCAUGCAAGAAUCUGAUAUACUCUAAUCAUGGGGAUAAUGACUACGAUACGAACGCCUUUCCUGGUAUCGCUGGUGCCUUGGCAAAGGCUGUCAAUCUGCAUGGUGACGCCUCUGCAUGGGCGAAGGUGCAGCAUGAGAUAUGGAGAGUCUCUCGUGCAAUCACAAACAUUGCCCUUGUACUCAAGGGUGACUUUACAGUUCAGGGUCUCUAGGAACCAUCAUGUGGUUUGAGUAAAUGUAGAUAUUGUGAUGUAAGAUAUCAUGAUGUAUGAUAGGGGUCAGAGCAGAGUUUGCUUCCACGAGCGUGCUGCAGGUGUGGUGACCAUUUCCCAAAGUUCUGAAGUCGUUUGGUCCAUUGGAAUCGUCUCUCCUGACCAUUUCUAAAAUUUCUGAAAUUUCUGACGAUUUUCUGGAUGCAAAUUUUCAUUCAAGUGCACUUUUGCCUCACAGUUUCCUCCUCUCUUUGUUGUUUGUUAAUACGGUGUGCACUUCGUAGACUGCUGCCAAGUUUGGUUACAAAUGUCUUUGGGUUUCUUAUAAAUAGCAUUAAAAAAACACCGAAAUUUCGGGCCUUCGUUAACCUGCGCACUCCACCCCCCAAAUUUGGAAAGAAGAAGAAUUUGAUGGUGACCCUUUGUCCAGAACAGGUCAGGAUCAUUGUGAUAGGCCAAGUUCUGUGCCGCGUGGUUACACUUACCCUCCAAAUUAAACCCCAAAGUAAGCCGCAGUAACGAUCCGAGUGAAAAUGGAUGAGAGGGGGUCGGAUCUUAAAAUUUUGCAUAAAAGCCUGUGUUUUUUUAUGAAUGUCCUUGUUUUUUGGUGACUUAGAUUCGCGCGGCUGACUAGCGAUCGCGCGAGAUUUCUCAAGGAAACAGUUAUGCUUUCAGGUACGUUGUUGGUUGUUGUUCUUAUUUUUGGAUUUCUUAAUACCUGUGCUGGUAGUUUGAAUUUCACUUUGUAUUUUUGGAUUUCUUAAUUCGCACGCUGGCAGUUUGCAUUUGGCAUCAUACACAAGCAAGCUUCCAGCUCAUGCACACACAACAACUUCUCUUCUUGCCCGUCUCCUUCAUCCUCAUUCACCCCUUCGUCUUCCUCCUUCCUUCUCGGCAAAGGAUGACUGGCCACGGUUCCAGCUGGUUGGAUCAAGCUGUAAGAGCAUUUUUUUCACGCACGGCUUGGACGAACAACCUGACUUCUGCGAAAAUUUUCAGAUGAUUCCGCCUUCAUCACCUUUUUCGUCCUUCUCGAAACUUCCGUCUCCACUCUCGCCACUCUCUGUCCCCCGUCUUCCAUGCCAACACCCCGCUGCCUUCUCCUCCAUAAAUUCGGCCAGCCCUUUCCUCUCCUCUGUGAUCUCAGCUACAAUGUUCCGUGGGGAAUGCACGACAAUUGCGGCGCCAAAUAGGCUCAGCAUGCCCACGGAUGGGCGGAGUGACAGCGUGCGUAAGUCCAGCAGUAGUAUUGGUAGGUUGUAGUUGGAAGGACAAAGCAGUGGUGGAGGAUUGGUGAAGUGCUGAGGGUGCAGCUACGCACAGGGCCUUGAGGCUAAGCUGGGGCACGCCUCGUGAUUAGGUAUGGUGUAUCAUGCACGUGUGAUGGCGGUAUUUUUAAUGUUUAAAGCUUGCGAG